AUGUUCCCAUUACGCCGCGUUGGCAGCAAGAUUCUGGAGCAAUGGAGGGCUCCCGUGGUUGCGGCGAAAGUGCACAGGAAUUACAGCUCGGAUGUGGUCACUCCUCAACCGUUGUCCGUGUUGACCGAAGACGAACUCGCCAUGAAAGAUACAAUCAGAAAACUGGCAACAGAACAGAUUGCUCCCCUGGUCAAGAAAAUGGAAGACGAACACCGCAUCGAUGACAGCAUCAGGCAACUGCUUUUUGACAAUGGCUUAAUGGGUAUCGAGACCCCCACUGAAUACUCUGGCUCCGGCUGUGGAUUCCUCACGAUGAUGUUGGUCGUCGAAGAGUUGUCCAGGGUAGACCCUGCGGUAGCUGCCUACGUGGACAUCCACAACACCCUCGUCAACUCUCUGUUCAUGAAACUUGGUACUGAAGAGCAGAAACAGAAGUACUUGACGAAACUCUGCACUGAAUACGCUGGUAGUUUUUGCCUCACAGAGCCUAGCUCAGGAUCCGAUGCGUUUGCCCUGAAGACUGUUGCCAAGAAGGAUGGUGAGCACUACGUCAUCAGCGGUUCCAAGAUGUGGAUCUCCAACUCCGAUGUCGCUGGAGUGUUCCUCGUUAUGGCUAAUGCUGACCCGUCUAAGGGUUACAAAGGCAUCACCUGCUUCAUCGUGGAGCGCGAUACCCCCGGACUGAGUGUUGCCAAGCCUGAGACCAAGCUCGGUAUCCGUGCUUCAGGAACCUGCAUGGUGCACUUUGACAACGUUAGGGUUCAUGAAAGCAGCAUUCUUGGAGAAUAUGGCAAAGGCUACAAAUACGCAGCCGGUUUCCUGAACGAGGGCCGCAUUGGUAUCGCGUCGCAGAUGAUCGGUCUGUGCCAAGGAUGCAUGGACGCCACCAUUCCUUACACCCUUGAGAGGAAGCAGUUCGGCAAGAGCAUUUACUCAUUCCAGGGUAUCAGCUACCAGAUCGCUCACCUCCAAACUCAACUGGAAGCCGCUCGUCUGCUGACCUACAACGCUGCCAGGCUCAAGGAACAUAACAUGAGCUUCGUCAAGGAAGCUGCCAUGGCUAAAUAUUACGCUUCAGAAAUCGCACAGAAGUUGACAUCAAAGUGCAUCGACUUCAUGGGAGGAGUAGGUUUCACUAGAGAUUUCCCUCAAGAGAAGUUCUUCCGGGAUGCCAAGAUUGGUACCAUCUAUGAAGGAACCAGUAAUAUGCAACUGCAAACUAUUGCCAAGCUGAUCGAGAAGGAGUACAGCCAAUAG